AUGUGGAUCAUCUUUUUUAUAUUAGCCGCAGAAAUUGCGGUUCCCGCAUUAUCGGUUCUAGAUGUAAUGCCGAAAAAUGGGACAGAAUUGUUAUUACCGACAAAUAGUUUCCAAGUCAACAAGGACAACAGGAUAGCAAUUGCAAGACAAGCAGUGUUCGUAACACCACAGAAGAUUAUUCCCUUGCAAAUCAGAUGCGUCAUAAACUGCUUACAGAAAACUGUAGCCAAUGUAGAAGCCAUAUUUAAAGUAGAAUUUUCAACAAUGUCACUUCCAACACCCAAACAAACACCGACUUACAAAUGGAAACUUUUCCGGAAAAACACGAAACAAAAUAUUUUAACUUUGCCAGAAGACAACACCAAACCAGACGUGAAAUUGUCGGCUGGCUUAUUAGAAGAAGAUGUCAGUUAUCACCUUGAAGUAAUUUUAGACAAUUUAAACGGAUAUGAUAAGAGUUACGCUAUUUUAGAUCUGAAAACAAAUAAGGCCCCGGAAAAUGGCAGCUGCACUGUGGAUCCAAUGAAUGGGACAGCUGUCAAUACAUUUAACGUUAAUUGUUUUGACUGGCAGGAUCCUGAUGGAAUUUGGAAAUAUGUCAUUGUGUUUGAGGUGAAAGAAAAUCGAUUUAUUAUUGACGAGACAAGUAAGUAA